AUGCUCACGUGCAGGCAUGUGACCUUCGAAGCGGACAACCGCUCUUGGAACAUCCUUGACUUGGUUCAGGAGAAGCUGGGCGAGGGGUCAGUGGAAGAGAUUGCAGAUCCCCGCAUUGGCCCCGUUCCCCCACACGCCCUGCAGCACAUGGCAGACGUGGCGGUGCGCUGCUGUGCCACCUUCACUGUCGACCGGCCGUCCAUGGGGCGCAUUGCCCAGGAGAUGGAUGCGCUGCGUGCUAAGGUGUGUGGUGGAGAGGAGCAGGUGCACAACAAGGCUUACAUGAAGGUGGAUGCUGAGCUCCGGGAGAAGAUGCGGUAUCAGAGUCAGAUUAGCGAGGACAGUUUGGACGAUGCGCUGGCCUCGAUUUAG